CUUGGUUACUAGCAUCUCACUGACAAAACAGAGAUGAUGUAUUUUAUUAUUUAUUUCUAGCAUUGUUAUGCUUUUGCAUUUUUGACUUUUUCAUGUUUGUUUAAUACUAUGUUAUAUUUUUUAUAAGUACGUUUUAAAGGUAAAAAAUUGCUAGCUAUGCGAUGUAUGAAGCUUUCAUUAACGGUUAUCGUUUGGCCGAUGUGUUACAUGGAAAACCUUAUUAUGUAUAUUGUAUCGAAGUUCUGGAAUCAAAAACCAAUACUCGAUAUUUCAUUGAGAAAAGAUACAGUGAAUUUAGCGCGUUACAUCGUACGUUGAAAAAGUAUAAUUCAGAUAUUGCUCCAUUUCCACCAAAAAGAGUAAGAAAUUCGCAACCAAAACUAUUAGAGCAACGACGGGCUGCUUUGGAAUUAUAUAUACAAAAGAUGUUACGUCUGAUGGCAACAAAACAGCAAGUUCUCAAUUUUCUAGGCAUAGAAAUUCAGGAAACUGAUGUACCCUAUAAACGAAUACACAAAACUGUAAAUAGUUUGAGACAUAGUCAUUCAAAUACACUGAGACAUCAUCCGGUCCUAACUUUUCACUCUGAUCCAUAUAUCCAAGCUGACCCUACUAGCAGUCUCCCGGAUGUUGUAACUAAUGGUGUACUGUUGGGAAUAUAUAAAUCGUGAGAUUCCCAAUAUAUUAAAAGUAUUUUACACGGAUAUUAAGAGAAUAAGUAUAAUUGCAUUUUUCGUCUAGCAUAUGUAAAAUAUAAUAUGAUAAAAUAAUGUUGCUAUAAAGGUAUUGUACUUCCCGCAA